AUGUGUGGUAUCGAUGGCAGCGCCAGUGAAUUUGUUCGUUCUCUUGUUGUCAUGCUAAACAACUUCAAGGAGUCAGGGAUGAUCGUGCUCAACGCCAAGCAGUCAGGGAUUGUGGUGGCAACUAAAAAGAAGCGGAUUGUGAUACACCUGCCACCGCCUCUCUCGUCGACGAGCAAGCGGAUCAACAGUACCAUGGUGAACGUCUCCUACAGCGACGUCAUUGCGACGGUCUAUACCAGUACUUGGUACAGUGGCGGGGGUAUCCAGAGUAGAAAAACUCAUGGGAUUACGAAGUGCCACUGCGGCAGGAUCGUCCGUACGCCGUUGACUUUUUGGAUCGCUUCUAUAAGGUCAGUCGACCCAUACCGCUAUCCACUAGUCGGUGUGGGAGUGGAGAGGUUUGCUUCAGCAGAUGCACUGGUGCGCGGGUCCGUAGAUGCCGAAGCAUAG